AUGCACCCCAUGACGAAUCCAGUCAGUUUGGCCUCUGUUGCAGCGUUGGCUGCUCAGUUCUGGGAUACAAUGAUUUGCUUUGGUGAUGAGGUGGAGUAUCUGUGGAGAGGGAGGUUUAGAUUUGUGAAGUUGAUAUAUUUUUGCUCGCGUUACCUCUUGCUGUUGGGCCAGAUCGCCAAUGAAGUUCUUUUACUUCUUUUCCACACUCAAGGAGACACCCCAAACCAAAAUAUAUGUCCUGGCAUGUUCAUUUUUAAAUCGUCUCUUACGCAAGUAGGGCUGGUGCUUUUGGAAAUUGUACUCUUUCUCAGAGUAUAUGCGCUCUACCAUCACAUCGCGCAAGCAAAAUGGUUUCUUUUUGUCGCUUUUCUUGUCUCCUUUACACUCGAGAUAUGUGGAACUGCUUUAUUCAUUCAGUCUAUGUCGACAAUGUCUGGGUGUGGUCUUUUGAGAGCGGACGACAAAAGCGUGUAUUUCUUCGGGACUGGAGUGGGUUUAGCCCAAAUUGUUCUUGUAGUCGCGACACUCCUAGAACUAGCUUCAAAGCAGCGUCAGAGAAGGGUGCGGUCACCUCUCACAAACAUGGUGUUGCAACAGGGAGUCGCAAGCUGCUUUCUUGUCCUCACUCUCAUAGCAGUUUUAAUGGUUUACAAUUUCUUUAGCUAUUUGGAUGAGAGCAUGGGUGAGGCAAUGAUAUCAUGGUACUACACUUUGAUUUCUGUCGGAACCUCCCGCCUUAUUCUCGAGAUGUGGAAACUACCCUCCUCAGAAAAUUCUGAGCAUAACUUCGCCAGAGACUCGGAGACUGGAAAUUUGCACCUCACUACACUGAGCGAUUCUAAUUAUCGGAAUGGCAACACUACAGCCUGGAUGACGGCACUUACAUCAACGACCUCCCACUAUAUGGCUGCGCCAUCGCUGUACCGCUCUGUGAACAGCCCAAGCACCAGCUGUGACAUUUCGGACAAAUAA